AUGGGUAUUAGAGAUUUCGCCAUCAGUUACGUGGUCUUCACCACCCUCCACUUCUUCCUCUUCGCCCUUGCCCUGGCUACCUGUGGUCUGUACGGUACCGACGUUCACCAUGCGAAUCAACAGGGCAAAUACUCUGACUCCAAAUGGGUCUACGCUGUAGUAGUCGGUAGUAUCUCUGCCGUAACGUGUGUCCUCUACUUCAUCCCCUUUAUCCUGCGUAUCGCUGGCAUCUUUGUUCCAGUGUGGGACUUUAUUCUAUUCGUCCUCUGGAUCGCCCUCUUUGGCGUGUUUGGCAAGAUGUACAUUGAUGAGAAUGCCGAGGGCGAUGGAGAUAUCAGACGCAUGAAGAACGCCGUUUGGGUUGAUCUUACCAGCGCUCUCCUCUGGUUCAUCACAGCCCUGGCGGCUUUCGGGUACUGGUGGAAGCACCGCGACCACAGAUCACGCUUUACUGGUCGCGCUCACGUCUGA